GCCACGUGGAUGAACAAAGCAAGUCUUUCCCCCUGCUAGCCGAUGGCUUCAGACGUUUUAUUUGUUUUGUUUUUAACUGAUCCUAAAUGCUCACAUUUACCAGAAGCUUGCUCUUUAAUCCUAUGGAAUAAUUUAGACCAUGAAUGCGGGAGUCCCUCGGAUGAUCGCUUUAUAAGGGGCAGCUUCUCAGCUCACCUCUCAGUCUACCUAGUCUACAAGCUAAGGAACACACAUCCAAACUGCCUCCUGGCAUUCAUAUUUUGAAUUAGAACUUUAUCAGCACUUUGCCAAAGGAUGGCAUCCAAGAUGAAGGAUCGCAAGAGAACUCCCAUCUCCCAUAAAGUGAUAGAAAAAAGAAGACGGGACCGCAUCAACCGCUGCCUAAACGAACUGGGGAAAACUGUGCCAAUGGCGCGCGCGAAACAGAACUCUGGAAAGCUGGAGAAGGCCGAGAUUCUGGAGAUGACAGUUCAGUAUCUACGAGCGCUCCACUCCGCAGACUUCCCCAGGGGCAGAGAAAAGGGUGAGCUACUGGGGGAGUUCGCCAACUACUUCCACUACGGCUACCACGAGUGCAUGAAGAACCUGGUGCACUACCUGACCACGGAGGAGAGGGUUGAGACCAAAGACAUCAAGUACGCAAGGAUCCUGGCCUUUCUUCAGUCCAAGUCCCGAGUCGUCACCGAGCCGGUGUUCGGCUCCCUGGGCGCGUUGCCAGACCAGGCAGAUUAUCUGUGCCAGUUGCACUCCUCCCCGGAGUCACACCAGAGCCACAGCCCCAGCGACUCCGUGUUUCAGCAGAGUCCACCCGGACAUUUCUCUUGGCACAGCACGGCACGCAGCCCAACCAUGUCGUACCCAACUGUGCCGCUUUCCGCCCCGACGCAACAGCACCACGGUGGCUACUUGUCACCAGUGCAAGGACUUGACCAUCACUACUUCAACUUCUUCAACGGCCACCCGCACGCGAAUGCGUUCAGUUUUCACAGUACGCAACACGCGUUGUAAAUAGAAUCCGGCUACCAUUUUGUGUUGUCUUUAUUUAUAUAUGUGUUCAUAAUAAAUAGUUAAAAAUUGUGGAUAUUGUAUAGUGUACAAUACAUUUUAUUUUAAUAAAAGUAAAUGUUUAUUUC